AUGGCCAGUAGAUCAAAGCUCGAUGAGCGCUUGAGCGCGCUCUUAUCAACCCGCAAGAACAAGGGGAGGUUCCGCUCCCUUAAAGAGUAUGACACGUCGUCAGCGUCGCAUCUCACAGACUUUUCGUCCAACGACUACCUAAGCCUCACGACAGACCCGGGCCUCCGCGAAUCCUACCUCUCCCGCCUCUCAAACAGCGAAAAUGUCCUCGGCUCGACAGGCAGCCGCCUCCUAAGCGGCGGAACGUGCGCACACGCGUCUCUCGAAUCGCGCCUCGGAGAGCACUUCUCCUCCUCAGCCCUCCUCUUCAACAGCGGGUGGGAUGCGAACGUCUCCCUCUUCAGCAACGUCCCGCAACCAGGCGACAUCGUGGUAUACGACGAGCUAAUCCACGCCUCAGUGCAUGAUGGAAUGCGGGCAUCUCGAGUGCCUCCAGCCUCAAGGAGGAAGUUUGCUCACAACGACCCCGCUUCACUGGCUGCCCUACUCCAAUCUCUGAAUAUCAAGGGAGAAACAGUCUUCCUCGCCCUGGAGAGCCUGUACUCGAUGGACGGCGACUUUGCGCCCCUCCCAGCCCUCCUGGACGUGUUUGACGCCCACGUCCCUCGUCACCAACAAUGCGUGGUCGUCGACGAAGCGCACACCACCGGAACAUAUGGGCCGGGCGGGCGAGGUAUCGUUCAUUCCCUCUCUGAAGAUCGAGUCACGAUCCGCCUCAUGACCUUUGGAAAAGGGGUAGGCGCGUCGGGCGCAGUUCUCCUCUGCUCAGAGACGGUGCGCAGCUUCCUCAUCAACUUUGCGCGCCCGUUCAUCUUCUCCACGGCCAUGCCGCUCAGUUCUGUCCUCGCACUCGAGGCUGUAUGGUCAUUCCUAGCCUCACCCGGGGGCGACGAGAAACGGGCUGAUCUCGCUCGCGUCAUCGCUAGCCUGCAUGCACACCUCGCGCCACUGCUCGCGCGCACAUCCCCGGCCCUCCUCCGCCUCCCGGACCCCACGCCGGUGCCCUUCUCCGGGGCGGUGGGGCUCGAGCCGAGCCCACCUGCCCCGAUCGUGGGCCUGCUCACGCCAACGCCGCACGCGCUCUCCGCGUUCCUCCUCGAGCGCGGUUUCAUCGUGCGGCCCGUCGUGCCUCCGACGGUACCCGCGGGUGGGGAGAGGGUACGCAUCUGCCUCCGCGCUGGGGUCAGCGAGGCGCGCGUUGCCGAACUCGUUGGCGCGAUAGGUGAAUGGGUGGAGCGGCAGCAUGAAAAGGCCCGACUGUAG